AUGGAUGCAGGCACGACCGCUGCUGCCGAAGGAGUCGUCUCGGCAUUGAGCAAAGGUGAUGCUGACAUCCACACACGCCUGCUCUCCUGCGUGCGCGGUCGCUGCCAGCAAUCCGUGACCAAAUGCGUGGGUAAAAGCGGUCCUUGCGACCAGCGCGCGGCGAUGCGCAGCGCGCGAGCCGAAUGCAGGCCUCUGCGAGAAGCCGUGAUGGCCGCGGCGCGCGAGAGCGUCUGCCUGCCCUAUGUAGACCGCAUGCGCCCUGCGCUGCUGCGCCAAUGUGGCGGCGACGCGUCGCUCGUGGAAACACGAGUCGCGGAAUUGAUCGCCGGCUGCGCCGCUGCAGAAGCGAAGAAGGACCCGCAACUCGGCGACUGCGUCGCGGCGGCGUUUCGUAAAGCUCAGGCGGUUUGUGCGGCGCGCGAGUGUCGCGGCGCGGUCGCCGCGUGCGCGGCCCGGCUGUGUGAUGUGCAUGUGUCUGGCGACGGAUGA